AUGGCCACCGAUGGUAAACCCUCCCUGUUCUUAGCGAGACUCCGCGCACUCGACGUAUAUUGUUCGGAUGAUCUACUGCGAACUAUCUUUCUUGAAAGCCUAACCCUACAAGUUAGGGCUAUGCUGGCCAUGUCUUUUGAAGACAACCUGCAAAAGUUAGCUCAAAAAGCAGAUAGGAUCACAGAGGCACUCGUUUUCAACAGUUUAAACGUUUCGUCAAUCGCGAACACCGGGAGCAACAAAAACGCAAAUAAUAAUUCAACUGAAUUGCAGGAGUUAGCACGACAAAUAUCAGCUCUAUCAAAAAGUGUCAACGAGAAUGAGAAGUUUAAACCGCGGUCCAGUAGAGAACCCCGUUCGGAAAACCGUUACGGACCAAAACACCGGCAAAGAUCUAGAUCGCGAUCGGGCAACCGUUGCCCUGACUCACGCGAAUUUCACAAUAACAAAUUUUGUUAUUAUCAUCAACGUUUCGGGAAAGGUGCACAUAAUUGCAGACAACCGUGUAGGUGGCGAAAUCGAAGCAUCCAGGGAAACGAUUCAAGCGCAUUCGAAUAG